UGCUGUUUUUUCUCUCUCUCCAUACUUUCAUUUAUAUUAGAAGCAAGUCUACAAAAACAAGCACACUAAACGGAGGUUGCAGGUCCAAAAACAAAUCACCUGUUUUAGCCUCAAAGCCAAAACAACGCCUGGCAUUACCGCUUUCUCUAUUCUAUCGGAGUUGCGUUUUUUCACCUGGUUGUUUCAACCGUGUAGUGAUGUUUACGUCCUAUGGAACGGCCAGUUGUACGGCGAUUGUGUUUAUACUUAGACUUGCUGUGUUGUUGUUACUCCCAUCAGCAUUGUUGACGUCCGUCCGUGCGUCCGACUGUUCUGUAACGGCUGUUUGGUAUUUAGUUCCUCGUCGAGUCUGACUAUGAGUUACUGGUUUUCGGGAGGGCAUGUUGUGAGUGUAAGCGGAUGUGACGUCAUGUAACAUGGAAGUAGAACCCCUUGCAGUUGCCGUCUUGACCCACUUUCUUCUGUUUCUACAGGAAGUGAUUUUGAUUCAUGGGAGUCACAGCCACAGUCAUGUGAUUCGACUAACUGAGAAUGGAAAGAUUCGGGGCACGAGACACCACGUUCAUGGGAAAACGGUGGAAGUGUUUUACGGAAUUCCGUUCGCACAGCCUCCGCUCGGUAAUUUACGGUUCAAGGCGCCGAUCCAGGCAGACCCGUGGGAUGGCGUGUUGGACGCGACCACCAAACCGAAGGCGUGUAUGCAAGGGUUCGACGACAUUCUUGGAAACUUCUCCGGGGCUCAGGUUUGGAACCCGAACACCGAGCCCCACGAGGACUGCCUGUUCUUGAACCUUUGGGUUCCGCGGGUCAGAGAACCUCAUGCAAAUAAAGCUGUUAUGGCAUGGAUAUACGGCGGUGGCUUCUAUAGCGGGUCGCCGUCUUUACAAAUAUACGAAGCUAAAUAUUUAGCUAUCGAAAAUGAUGUUAUAGUCAUUUCUAUGCAAUAUCGGGUUGGGCCGCUUGGAUUUUUGACACUGGGGCACCCCGAGGCUCCUGGCAAUGUUGGUUUACUGGAUCAAAGGAUGGCGUUGGAGUGGAUACAAAGGAAUAUACAUUACUUCGGAGGAAGCCCGAAGAAUGUUACGAUCUUUGGCGAGAGCGCCGGGGCGGUGAGCGUGGGGCUGCACCUACUCUCCCCUACGAGUCGCGGCCUCUUUAAUAGGGCCAUCCUCCAGAGCGGGGCACCCCAGAUGUUCUGGGGCACGAUCAGCAUGGCGGAGGCUGAGCGACGGGCCCGAGUGUUCGCGAAGUACAUCGGGUGCAAGCCCGACACCCCGGCAGCGGUGUUGAUCGAGUGUCUACGGAAAGUCCCGAUGGGCGAGUUCCCGAAUCACGAGUGGCAUCUGGACAUCGUCGAGGGGAUUGUUCAGUUUCCGUUCGUGCCCGUUGUGGACGGGAACUUCCUCGUGGAGACGCCAAUAGAGUCUCUAAAAGCGGGCCGCUACAAAAGGACCCCGCUAUUGAUAGGCAGCAACGAGAACGAGGGGUCGUAUUUUUUAAUAUACAACAAUGGUUUUUUCCACCACGACAAGGAGAGCUUGAUCAGCCGGGCGCAGUUCAAGCUGGUGAUGGACGACCUGUUUCUCUAUUACCCGCACUACCCGCACAGACUCAAUAACUUCGGUAGGGACGCCAUAUUGCACCACUACACCGUCUGGCUGGAUCCGGACAACCAGACGAAGAUCCGUGACAAGAUCGCGAGUUCAAUCGCCGACAUGCACUUCAUCUGCGCGGUCAACGAGCUGGGACUCAACUAUGCAAAUAGCGGAUAUGACGUGUACAUGUACUGGUUCUCGCAGCGCUCCACGGUCAGCCCGUGGGCCAAGUGGAUGGGCGUGUUGCACGGGGAUGAGAUUAACUACAUUUUCGGGGAGCCUUUAAAUAAUUCGCUCGGAUAUACGCACGAGGAGAAAGAGUUCAGCAAAAAAAUUAUGCGUUUUUGGACUAAUUUUGCCAAAACAGGUGACCCGAACAGGGGUCCCGGGGAGAUGUCUUUAGGGGAGUGGCCGCCGUACCGCCCCCGGGAACAGCUGUACCUGAAGCUGAGCACCAAGUACCUCCACAACGCUAACAAAGACCAAGCAAUCGGCCAGGGCGGGCCGAGACUCGAACACUGCGCCUUCUGGCAGCACUACCUACCUCGACUAGUGGCGGGAACAGCUAACAUAUCCGAGGUGGAGAAGGACUGGAAGUUACAAUACAACGAAUGGAAAACCAGAUACAUUGUCGACUGGAAACACCAGUUUGAUAAUUUCUUACAAAAUUACGAAAGGCGGCUACAAACAUGUGGAACACCCUGAUAUCAUCGGAAGUAGAUUUGGCUAGACUGUGACAUUACCGGAAGUAGUAGAUCUAGAGGCAUGUUCAGGAGGCCGAGCGAUCGCGGUCGCUCUCUAGACUGGUUUUUGCGCCUAACGUUAUUAUAUGAUAUAUGAUAGAAGACGACGGUGCCAGUCAAAUCGUUCGCCAACGAUCGGCCUCCUAAACACGCCACUGGACAGACACUACCGGAAGUAGUAGAUAUGGCUAGACGUAUAUUAUGUCCACCGAAGUGUUGAUAACGGGAUUAUUUCAAAAAACUUUACUUCCGGUAGUGCUGUUUGAAGUAUCUGUAUAAACUCGUGAGCGAAGCACAAAAUUAACAUUGCCACAAUCAGUGUGCCACAAUAUAUAGGGCAUAUUUGAAACGCCAGGCAGAUUUGAAAUAUAUCGCUCAGAUGUAAAACACAUGAGGAAAAUAUUUCUAAACGUGAAGUGUUGGAAUGUAAGCCUAAGCUUAGUCCAGAAAUGAGUUAAUAGGCUCGGUAUCUGUAACACCGUACUGUCGGAUCUCUGAAGUACUAAUUAUUAAGAUGCAUGGUUAAUCGAGGUUUUACUUUGCAAACAUUCAACAUUCUUUGAAAUAUUAUUGUAAUUGUUGCGAAGUGCAUCUUGUUUCAACGAACAGAUGGGCGUUGCACGGCUGGAUAUGUCACUAAACUUGGGGUGGGGUAAAAGGAAUCUGCAAGGCAAAUCUUGAGGAUGUACUGCAUGUACACAUGUGGCAUAAAGUACCACAAAUGUUAAGAGAAAUCUGGCUUACUCAUCAAAUUAUUAUCUACAUAGAAAUAGUAGGAAAAAAUCCAAAGAAUAAAACUGUUACAAGAAUCUGUCAUAAAAUUUCAAUUUCCCUAGUUAUAUGGGUUGAGGGUGGGGUUAAAUUUAAAACUUGAUGAAUGGCCUACUACCACAAAUAUGUGGUUCAUAUGAUACAAAUAAAUCAUUUGUUAAUAUCGUGUAUCUCCGCCCCUCGUCUCUAUACUGCUCUUCAAAGUUUUAUUGGUAAUGUGUGCUUAGUUGUGAAUAUGUAUGUAUUAUCCUAUUAAGAAAACCGAAUUGAGAGAAUAUUUACUAGUAUAUUAAGAGGUAUUACCGUAGGCAAUUAUUUUCGUAGUACUAUUUUGUCUUCAUUAUUGCAUUUAUUGGUCUUGGUGGCCUGGUGGUGUAGCCAACGAGUUUUAAAAACUGGUAGAUAUUGAGUUAUAACAGCUCAACGGUCAGGUGUGCAGGUCCAUAGGAACCGGCGGGUUGGGGUGUGGCUGGACACCUCACCCUCGUGGAGGAUCACGAAAUUUACUCGUUUUGACUUAUUAUGUAUAUACAAAAUAAAGUAAAAAUACUUUAAAACAGCUUUAUAGAAUUUUGAUCUAACAUAUUGUUAUUUUAUAGUUCUAGAUACUAUCCAAAGAUAAAAUUCCGCUUGUGAACACCUCGUCCCCACCCCCGGCUAUAGGUGUGGUUCCUAUGGGUCUGUCAAAGAACAUACAUUGAAUUCUUUCUCAUUGUAAGGACGGCCUUCCAUUAAAGCGAUUCCCAUGUCAUGCACAGAACUCUGGCUAAGUCAGAGGUUGUGCCCACAACAGGCGUGCUUGAACAGUUCUCUGCUGGAAGCAUGCCAAAAAUUACCUACUCACCCUCAACACAAUUCCGCACGCGAAAUCGCGUUAAUGGAAAACUAGCCUUGACCUCUACCCUGGACAAAUCGCUAGGAUAGCGGCUGUAUUUGCCCAGGACAGCGUGCUUGGUUCUCUAAAUGCCCGAGUAAUUUAUUCGUCAGGCGGAAGUAGUUUAAACUCAGGAAACAACGCUCAGGUAAUCGUCAGUGGCGUAGUGCAGAGGGGGAGGGGGAGGGAAGGGCGUUAGGGUGACAAGGUAUCUUGAAACCGAAAACACAAUCUCAUUACAAUAGUGGCUUAUACAUGUGGUGCUAUCAUGCAAGAUUAGAAAAUUAGAUGAGGUAUUUAGUCAAUUUUUUGAAAAGUGGGUAAAAGUGUCGGGCUAUACUUUCGAAGCAGGUGCGAGGUUGGGAUGGCAUGCUCUUACCCCAGUUUCGCACACGUUAGUACUAAAAUGAAAACCUCAAUUUCAACUGUUUUAUAAAACAUGAGAAAAUCUACGAGUAAACACCAUAUGGUAUACACUAUACAGGCAAUACGUUUUACAUAAAUGUUCUUGUGAUUCUUAAAGUGCAUGUUUUUAACACAGAGACUUUUGUUUUAAUUAAAUAUGCUAUUGGAGACCAAAGUAUGUUUUGGCCUCCUAUUAGUAAUUUGUUUGAAUUAAUAAUUAUAAUGUAUAUAUAUUUAUACCUCAUAUCCUCCCCCACCCCCUCCCGUCCAAAUCUCCCUCCUUCAGGUCUAAAGGUAUCAGUGUGAAAGGCGAAACAAAAUGGUUUCAUUUCAGUAUGAGCAGGGACGUUUAAGGCAGGACUAUGUUCAUCCAGAUCGAGCAAAAACAAAACAAAACAGACCGCUAGACUGGUUAAUGCGCUUCACAUUAAACCAAAUGGCCACGUCGGGAACCAAUCAAAUAGCUAGCGAAACGUUUGCUGGCUGAACUUGGGGCUGGUUCGCGUGGCACUUCGCAUACUAAGCAAGUUGAUUUGACCUCUAACACCAGAUGACCUCACUACGCCACUGACCUUUGUAUUGAAAUAGUCCUCGAUUGAACGCUCCACUUGUACUGUCUAGCGAAGGUCAUUGUACAUAUGUAUGUACUCAUGUAACGCCGUGUCAAUAAACAUUGUACCUCA